UGUACCAUAGAAGAAUAAUGGAGAAACAGCAUCAAGCACUUUGGUUAUGUGCGUUGAUCUGUAUCAAUCUUUCUUCCCUUUUACAUCUCGUUGAAGCUCAGGACCAAAAAGGAUUCAUCAGCUUGGAUUGCGGGUUAUCGCCAACCGAUCUUCCUUACAACGAUCCUUCAACCGGAUUAACAUACUCAACAGACGAUGGUUUAGUGCAAAGUGGCAAAACCGGAAAAAUCCAAAAGGAGUUUGAGGCAAUCUUUAGUAAACCGUCUUUGAAGCUUAGAUACUUUCCAGAUGGUGUCCGAAACUGCUAUUCCGUGAAUGUCACGGAAAGCACAAACUAUCUGAUCAAAGCCGUUUUCGUGUACGGCAACUACGAUGGUCUCGCCAACGACCCGAGUUUUGAUCUUUACAUUGGUCCGAAUCUUUGGUCAACGGUUGAUAUGAAUGGACGGACCAAUGGUACUAUCGAAGAGAUCAUCCACAGGACCAUAUCUAAGUCUCUGCAGGUCUGUCUAGUUAAGACAGGAACAAGUAAUCCUUUUAUUAAUACCUUAGAGCUACGACCACUUCAGAACAAUACUUACAAUACGCAGAGCGGUUCGCUGAAGUAUUUCUUCCGAUAUUAUUUCAGCACUUCAGAUCGCACCAUAAGGUAUCCCAAUGAUGUCCAUGAUCGUAAAUGGUAUCCGUUCUUCGAUUCGAAAGAGUGGACAGAAGUAACCACUGAUCUCAAUGUAAACGCUUCUAAUAGUUAUAAACCACCACAAAUUGUAAUGGCGUCAGCAUCAACGCCUAUAAGUACUUUCUGGCCAUGGAACUUCACCUGGACAUUGCCGUCUUCCACUACCCAAUUCUAUGUAUAUUUACAUUUUGCCGAGAUUCAAACUCUAAAGUCACUCGAUACCCGAGAAUUCCAAGUGACAAUGAAUGGGAAACUUGCCUACGAACGUUAUAGUCCUAAAAUGUUAGCCACAGAAACUAUAUUCUUCUCCACACCACAACAGUGUGAAGGAGGAAAAUGCAUCUUGGAGCUAACCAAGACGCUCAAGUCUACCCUGCCUCCUCUCAUAAACGCUCUCGAGCUUUUCACUGUGAUCGAUUUCCCACAGUUGGAAACAAACCAAGAUGAUGUUGUUGCUAUCAAGGGUAUUCAAAAUACUUAUGGAUUAACUAGAAUUACAUGGAACGGAGAUCCAUGCGUCCCUAAACAGUUUAUGUGGGAUGGUUUAAAUUGCAACAGCUUAGAUAUUUCUACACCACCUAUAAUCACUUCCUUAAACCUAUCUUCAAGUCAGUUAACAGGGAUCAUCGCACCUGGCAUUAAUGAUCUGAUCCACUUACAAGAAUUAGACUUGUCCAACAACAAUUUGACGGGCGGAGUACCAGAAUUUCUUGCCGGCAUGAAAUCACUCUUGGUCAUAAAUUUAAGUGGGAAUAAUCUUAAUGGCACUGUUCCUCAAGCCAUUUUACAAAAGAAAGGACUAAAGUUGAACCUUGAAGGAAACUCAGAUCUUAUUUGUCCGGAUGGACUAUGUGUAAACAAAACCGGAAAUGGUGGUUCCAAGAAAACGAAUGUUGUAGUACCGGCUGUUGCAUCGGUCGCGUUCCUGGUUAUUCUUGCAGCUGCAUUGGCUUUCUUUCUUGUUUUCAAAAACAAAAAGACCUCAACCAUUGAAGGUCCAUCAUCAUAUACGCAAGUAUCAGAUAAUAGAACAACCAGAUCUUCAGAACCAGCAAUAAUGACGAAAAACAAAAGAUUUACUUACUCAGAGGUGGUAACAAUGACAAAUAACUUUGAAAGAGUCCUUGGCAAAGGAGGAUUUGGAAUGGUAUAUCAUGGAAGUGUAAAUGGUACUGAACAAGUAGCUGUUAAAAUGCUCUCACACUCAUCUUCUCAAGGGUAUAAAGAAUUCAAAGCUGAGGUGGAACUUCUCCUAAGAGUCCACCACAAAAAUCUGGUUAGCCUCGUUGGAUACUGUGACGAAGGUGAAAAUUUGGCUCUCAUCUAUGAGUAUAUGGCUAACGGAGACCUAAGAGAACAUAUGUCAGGAAAACGAGGUGGAUCUAUUCUGAAUUGGGAAACUAGACUAAAAAUAGUUGUCGAAUCUGCACAAGGGUUGGAAUACUUGCAUAAUGGAUGCAAACCACCAAUGGUUCAUAGGGAUGUCAAAACCACAAAUAUAUUGUUGAAUGAACAUUUCCAGGCCAAGUUAGCUGAUUUUGGGCUUUCAAGAUCUUUUCCGAUCGAAGGAGAAACUCAUGUGUCAACAGUUGUUGCUGGAACUCCUGGUUACCUUGAUCCAGAAUAUUAUCGAACAAAUUGGUUGAACGAAAAAAGCGAUGUCUACAGCUUCGGAAUUGUACUAUUAGAGAUCAUCACAAAUCAGCCAGUGAUCAAUCAAAGUCGUGAAAAACCACAUAUAGCAGAAUGGGUUGGGUUAAUGCUUACAAAAGGAGACAUCAAAAACAUCAUGGAUCCAAAUCUCUAUGGAGAUUAUGACUCUGGUUCUGUGUGGAGAGCAGUUGAACUAGCAAUGUCGUGUCUAAAUCCUUCUUCAGCUAGAAGACCAACCAUGUCUCAAGUUGUUAUCGAAAUAAACGAAUGUUUAGCAUAUGAAAACUCAAGGGGAGGAACGAGUCAUAACAUGAACUCACAGAGUUCCAUAGAAGUGAGCAUGAACUUUGAUAUUGGAAUUACCCCUGGACCUCGCUAAACUGCAAAAGCUAUAUCUUUCGUUCUAUUGAGUGAAUUUUUCUUUAUUUAAAAUAAAUGUUUGCUUUGUAAUGAAUUUCUGUCAUUGGUGAAUGAAUCUCUGUCAUUGUUAAAUGUUUUAUUUAUUGUAAUCAAGUUGAAACAGAUUUUCUGAA